GAGCGAGGCAGGCCCACAGAUAGGGACAGAGAAGCAGAAACUAACCAGCCCCCAGCUGUGCAAAGGCAGUGCUGCUCUGGCUUUGCGUCAGCUCACACCUGCACACUGAACCUCAGAGGAACAAGUAAGAGGAGGACCUCAGAACUUCAACUGUACAAGAGGACUUGAGAGAGAGUGUAGAGAGCACACACACACACACAGACAGACACACACACAGAGGAAUACAGUGUCUACCGACUGAGGAUAAAGGACAGGACAGCUGAAGAAACACAGCAUUACACCCAGAACAACUGAAAGGGUACAAUGAUCCCACAGAGCCAGCAUCAGCGUGUUGUGAGUCUGUGAUCAGCAGCCAGUGGAAUCCAGCGUGAGAUGGGAAGUCGUCCCACUAAAGCAAGGCGCAGCUCUUCCUUGCAGUCCAGCUCAACCAACCAGCAGACAGCCUCCACUCCACAGCAGAACAACAUGACCCUGCCCUGCACCACAGCUGUUAAGAAGUAUGUGGCGGUGGCUCUUUACACUUACCCUUCUGGAGGACCGGCAGAGGCUACGGUUCGAGUAGGAGAGAGGCUCAAUGUUCUUUCAGAGGAAGGCGACUGGUGGAAAGUGUCCUCUUCAGCAACAGGCAAAGAAGGCUACAUACCGAGCAACUACGCAGCCAAAGUGUAUCAGAGGUGGCUCUAUGAAGGAAUAAGCCGUGACAAGGCAGAGGAGUUGCUGCUCCUACCUUACAACCGGGCCGGGUCUUUUCUGAUCCGGGACAGCCAAACUCGCAGAGGUUCGUAUUCGUUGUCGGUGAGGAGGUCCAACAGUUCCGCGUGGGAGUCCAUCAAACACUAUCGUAUCAACCGGCUGGGGAACGGCUGGUUCUACAUCUCCGCCCGCCUCACCUUCCCCUCCCUGCAGCACAUGGUCGACUAUUACACAGAAUCAGGAGAGGGUCUGUGCUGCACUCUGAACGAACCAUGCUACAUCCAGGGCUCCAAUAACGUCCCCGUUCAGAACAUACCGGAGCCCAUCACCGUGAGGAAGCCCACCCUCAACUGGAAGGAUGUGGACAGCUCCAUGUUGUUCGGUACAGAUAAAGAAGGCACUGAGGACUCUCUGGUGAGCGAGGGUCUGCGUGAAGCCAUUAACUCUUACCUGUACAUGACGGAGGAGAGGGGAUCUGACCAGGGGGGCUGCAGCAACAGCUGGAAGACAUGCUGAGCAAUGACAGGGUGCAAAAAAAAAAAAAGGAACAUAAUAACUGAUAAUUUUGCAUGGCUCACACUGCGCCCAGUGACCAAAUUAAAUAACUGUGGUUCCUUAGAUGAAGGAACUUUCAAGAUGAUGCUGAAUGUCAUCCGAGAUCUCCAAGACCAACAGACAAGUAGAGUGAAGCUUUGAACGAGAAGAUUACAGACUGCAGAAAAACUAGAUACUAUUCGUUCUCAUUGCUAGCACUAUUAUUGUCCAGCAAGCCAAAAGCCUCCUUGAGACACCCAACAAGGGCUCUGGGAUCCUUCCCCCCUCUCCUCUAUAAUGAGGCAUGGUCUGGAGGGUCUUUGACAUUCACAAGGCAGGAGAGAGCCCCAUUCUAUGGACACCCACACACGUCUUCAUGUUUUUCUUGGACAGUUGGCUUAUGGUUCAGUUUACCCCAGAGUAAGCCUAUUUCAUGUAAUCGAUCUGUAUAGUGAUUACAUGCUUGUUAAACAUAAUGUGACCCAGGAGGUAUGCAUCCCAUACAAUAAAAUAAAAAAUCGCAAUCAGUGGCUUUUAUGUGUUUAACAAAAGGUUACAUUAAAAGGGAGUCAUAUAUGGCAUACUAUCCUCUUAGCUGUAGAUUGGAUGUUUUUGUACUGUGGCACAAUCUCUGGUUGAGCCCUGCUUGGCUGUUUGCUUCUUCAGAGAUGUUUCAGCCACAGGAAGCAGGUCAACUCUCACAGGAAAUGGCCGAGAUACCAUGUACUACUAAGUGGAAAGUCUGAUGUCAAGCAUUCAAGCCUUGGCGUGACCACUGAACCCUUGGUGUGAGCAACCGAACAAAUGAAACAAGCUGCCAGAGCAGGCAAAGUUUGGACCGUUUUUUAAGCACAACUUUAGGGGUUGCAAAUAAAGCCUUUUUGGUAUUUUUCCGGAUGACUGCAGAUGAGAAGUUAAAGUUCGCAGUCCAGUCUCGACAAAUAAAAUGCAUGCUAAUUAAGUGGCACCACAGUGUUUAGCAAUGAUUCGUAAAGGCUUAGUUACAGGCUGAUAAUAUAAACCACAUGUAAUUCCUAUUUGUUAAUUCAUAACACUCAAUCACUUGUCAAAACAUUUCUACUAGACUGACAAGUUUUACUCGUGAAUCUGUUUUAAAGUAAUGUAAAAGUGAAAUGACAGAAGGGGAUUAUGUUCUGUACUCAUUUAAAACCACAGCAGGGUGUGUUUGUUACAGGACAGAAUUCAAUACUUUCUAUUGGGUUUUUUUUUUCAUUUUAUUUUUUAUCAUGACUUUGUUUUAUUUUUAUCAAGUGGGGCAGAUACAUUUGAAAAUUGUGACCCUUUCAUUGAAGUUUGCUGGGGUGAGGUGUAAACUUGAGAUUAUCUUGUGUACAUAUUAAUUUGUAUAUAAACUAAUAAUAAAUUAUUUCUAAUAA